UCGGAACUACGUGGCUCUAAAUUCUACAAAUUCAAAGCAGCAAGCAGUCUUUCAGUUUUAUGCUGUAUACUCCUAUAAAGCAAAAAUAAAGCGCUUUUCUUGCAUUUCGUGGGGAGAGAGUUGAGGUGUGGGCAAAAAAAAGCACACAAAUAAAGCGAACCAGCACAGACUCCAUAACACACCAUUACUACUACUUUGUAGUAUCUUCUUGUUCAGUUUACUAGGGUUCACAUAGUCUAUACAACUAUAAAAUUGUACCUGUUUAUCCUCUGUGAGCUUUAUUAUACCUUUUUCCAAUCAGUUAGAUCUUCUUUCUGAACACUCAACUUGGCUUCUUUCAAACAAUUUACCACUUGGGGGUUUUCUUAAUUUUUUGGUACAAUAGGAAUUUAUAAUCAAGUAAAGGUAGCUUUUCUUUUCUAAAAUAAAUAAAAAUGGCCGCCUAUGGAGCAUUGUCUGUGGUAGAGGAUGUUCUUCAGCAGCAUGGCAAUAACCCAUCAAAAGAUCUUGAUUUAGUGGAUGCACGUAAAGCAGAGGAAGCUGCAAUAAAGAGGUAUCAAGCAGCAGCAUGGCUGAGGAAGAUAGUUGGAAUUGUGGGAGCUAAAAAUUUGCCAGCUGAACCUUCUGAGGAAGAAUUCAGGCUUGGUUUAAGGAGUGGAAUGAUCCUUUGCAAUGUACUCAAUAAAAUUCAGCCUGGAGCUGUGCCCAAGGUUGUUGAAAGUCCAUGUGACUCUGCAGUUAUCUCAGAUGGAGCUGCCCUUUCUGCAUACCAGUACUUUGAGAAUGUUAGAAAUUUUUUGGUUGCUGUGCAAGAAUUGGGGAUUCCUUUGUUUGAGGCAUCUGAUCUGGAGCAGGGAGGAAAAUCAUCAAGGAUCGUGAAUUGUGUUUUGGGACUUAAAUCCUACAGCGAAUGGAAGCAAGAAGGUGGUACAGGAGUUUGGAAAUUCGGUGGAAAUAUAAAAUCCAAUGCAUCUGUGAAACAAAUUGUGCGGAAAAAUUCUGAGCCAUUCACAAAUUCUUUGUCAAGGAAUAUGUAUGAGAAACCUAUAAACGGUGCAUCAAUUGAAGCUGAAAAAAAUAAAACGGCCAGCUCUUCCUUGAGCAUGCUUGUUCGUGCAAUUCUAACUGAUAAGAGGCCCGAAGAGGUUCCUAAUCUUGUGGAAUCGGUGUUGAAUAAGGUUGUUCAGGAAUUUGAGCAUCGCGUUGCAAGCAAAAUUGAACUAAGUAAAGCAACUACAGAUGAUUCAACUGGUUCUUGUGGUAACAAAUCCACCGUGAGAUAUACUUCUGACAGUGCAAAGGCUGACCAAAGAAAUGUGAUCAUAGAGAAGAAAGAGGACUCCUUGCCAAAUGAAGAACUUGAAAGAAGAUACAUGAAGCAAUACGCCAUUGUUGACCAACAGCAAAGUGACAUUAAGAACCUGAAGCAAACUCUUUUGACUACCAAAGCGGGUAUGCAAUUCAUGCAGAUGAAGUUUCAUGAGGAAAUGCAUAAUAUUGGCAUGCACAUAAAUGGCCUAGCUCAUGCAGCUUCUGGUUAUCAUAGAGUUCUUGAAGAAAAUCGCAAGCUUUAUAAUCAAGUUCAGGAUCUUAAAGGAAGCAUAAGGGUUUACUGUCGAGUAAGACCCUUUUUGCCCGGGCAAUCUAAUUGUGCUAGUUCUGUGGAUCACAUAGAAGAUGGCACCAUUACAAUAAGUGUUCCGUCAAAGAACGGAAAAGGGCAAAAAUCUUUCAACUUCAAUAAAGUAUUUGGAUCCUGCGCUACUCAAGGCGAGGUGUUUUCUGAUACGCAACCACUGAUAAGAUCAGUUCUUGAUGGCUUCAAUGUCUGCAUUUUUGCUUAUGGCCAAACAGGAUCAGGAAAAACCUACACAAUGACGGGGCCUAAGAAUAUCACAGAACAAAGUCAAGGAGUAAACUAUAGGGCUUUAGGCGAUCUAUUCCUUCUCGCAGAACAAAGAAAGGAUACCUUCCACUAUGAUGUGUCUGUACAGAUGAUCGAGAUAUACAAUGAGCAAGUUAGGGAUCUCCUAGUUUCUGAUGGUGUAAACAAAAGAUUAGAAAUCCGUAGUGCUUCUCAAGGACUAACUGUACCAGAUGCAUGCUUGGUUCAUGUAACUUCAACUUGCGACGUUAUUGAUCUGAUGAAUCUAGGGCAAAAGAAUCGUUCAGUGGGUGCAACAGCACUCAACGACCGCAGUAGCCGCUCCCACAGUUGCCUAACUGUUCAUGUUCAGGGACGAGACUUGACUUCUGGAGCUAUUCUUCGUGGUUGUAUGCAUUUGGUUGAUCUUGCAGGAAGUGAGAGAGUCAACAAAUCUGAAGUAACAGGAGAUAGGCUUAAAGAGGCUCAGCACAUUAACAAGUCUCUUUCAGCUUUGGGUGAUGUUAUCUCUGCCCUUGCCCAAAAGAAUACACAUGUCCCGUACCGUAACAGCAAACUUACACAGCUACUGCAAGACUCACUAGGAGGGCAAGCCAAAACUCUGAUGUUUGUUCACAUAAGCCCUGAACCUGAAGCUGUAGGAGAAACAAUUAGCACACUUAAAUUUGCAGAACGUGUUUCUACUGUUGAACUAGGCGCUGCACGAGUAAAUAAAGACUCUGCAGAUGUCAAAGAGCUCAAAGAACAGAUUGCAACUCUUAAAGCUGCUUUGGCAAAAAAAGAAGAGGAGUCAGUUCCCAUGCAGCAUAUGAUGAGCAGUCCGUGUAACAUGCAGCCAUCGCCCUUUCAAUCUAAUCCACAGAAGAGAGAGAAAUUGGCUGAUUCACACAUCCAGAGGAGACCGAUGGACGAUGUAGGCAAUAUAGAGGUAUCAAGUAAUUCUGCAUUCAGACAAAAGACGCAAAGCUUUGACCUUGAUGAGUUACUUGGAAAUUCCCCUUCCUGGCCACCAGUCAACAGUCCCUGUGAAAAUUAUGUGGGAUAUGAUAAAGACAUGGGCACAGGUGAGUGGGUAGACAAAGUCAUGGUGAACAAACAGGACUCUAUCAAUGGAGUGGGAAAACCCUUUGGAUGUUGGGAAUCUGAAAAAGGCAUGUCUGAUGUCUUUGCUCAGAAAUAUCUUUCGGAAUCAUCUAAAUUAUUAUGCCAAGAAAAAUCGAGUAAUCUUUUCCCAUUGAGUGACCACUUUGACAUUACUCCUGCUGAUGACCUUGAAGAAUUUGAUGCCACAACCAGUGAUUCGUCUGAGCCAGAUUUGCUUUGGCAAUUCAAUAAUUCCAAAUUGAACAGCUUCACCAAUGGGAAUGAGUCAAAGAUCCAGAGACUAAACGCAAAGCAUGUAAAGAGCCCAGAAACAAGGAACAUGGUUUACAAAGGAGGGCCUUCGCCAUCACGAAAGACAAAUGGAAUUGGGCACACACCUCUACGGAAUGGGAGGCCGGCCGUGCCAACUGAAAUGAAGCGAAAAGCAGGAAACAGGAAGUAGGGAUGUGAGCUAAUAAGCUACUUUCAAUUCUUUUAUUAUUAUUUUUUCUUUCUGUUAUUAUGGGAGUGCGUGGGAGAGUUGUUUUUGCUUUUUCUAACACAGAGUCUCGUUGGCGUAUUUGAUUUUUUGUUCACUUCAAAAUGGUGUAUUUUGAGCAUGUGAAAGAGGCAAUAAUUCCAUUGCGUGUAAUGUUCACAUCAUUAGAUUUGUAGAGUUCCAGUUUGUUGGAAACCUUGGUAAGUAGCAAUGUGAAGAUCCUUAAAGGCUGUACUACUUUUUGUGCACAUUUGAGGAUUCGACAUGUACAAUUUGCACAUAUUCGAUAGUUUGAUUGUCUUCCAUUUUUUAUAGUAGAAAACCAAAGUUCAUUAUGAAA